GGAAGAAAUGGAAGGAAUGAUGUUGAUGUUUGUGGAUAGCUAGCGAAAGCAAUGUGACAGUUUGGAAUAGUGGCAACAAAUCGAAAGAGCUGGAGUGAACUGACAGGAGCUGAGGAUGUUGGAGUCCUACGUCACUCCGCUCUUGAUGAGCUAUGUGAACCGCUACAUCAAGAACCUGAAGCCCUCGGACCUGCAGCUGUCCCUAUGGGGGGGAGAUGUGGUCCUCAGCAAGCUUGACCUCAAGCUGGAUGUCCUGGAGCAGGAGCUGAAGUUGCCUUUCACCUUCCUGAGCGGUCACAUCCAUGAGCUGCGCAUUCACGUGCCAUGGACAAAGCUUGGCUCUGAGCCAGUGGUCAUCACCAUCAACACCAUGGAGUGCAUCCUGAAGCUGAAGGACGGUGCUCAGGAUGACCAUGAGAGCUGUGGCUCGAGCUCGACCAGUCGCAGCGCCUCCGACAGCUCCAAGUCCCUGGCCAAACCGCGGCGGGUGCAGCAGGCCGCCCCUACAGACCCAGACCUUCCCCCAGGAUAUGUACAGAGCCUGAUCAGGCGGGUGGCCAACAACGUCAACAUUGUGGUGAAUAACCUCAUCCUGAAAUACGUGGAGGACGACAUUGUGCUGUCCGUCAACAUCACCUCAGCGGAGUGCUACACUGUAGAUGAGAUGUGGGACAGGGCCUUCAUGGACAUCGCUGCCCCUGAUCUGGUUCUGAGGAAGGUGAUUAAUUUCUCGGACUGCACGGUGUGUCUGGACAAGAGGAACGCCAGCGGGAAGAUCGAGUUCUACCAGGACCCGCUGCUCUACAAGUGCUCCUUCCGAACACGCCUGCACUUCACCUACGACAACAUCAACUCCAAGAUACCGGCCGUCAUCAAAAUCCAGACCAUGGUGGAGAGCCUGAAGCUGUCCAUGACUGACCAGCAGCUGCCCAUGUUCAUCCGCGUCAUGGAGCUGGCCUUGGCACUGUACUACGGCGAGAUCGGCACCAACAAGGAGGCGGACGGCGACGAUGGAGCGGGCAGUGCCAGGGAGGUGGUGGUCAGCAUCCCAGGUAUGGAAGUGGACCUUGACCCCCAGGCCAUGGCGGGCCAGUACCCAAGCCCAGACCAGUACAUGUCCCCGGGGUCAGAUGACGACGAGCAGGGCUGGGUGUCGUGGGCCUGGUCGUUUGUGCCGGCCAUCGUGAGUGAAGAUGAGGAGGAUGGGGAGGGGGGCUUCUAUGUGGAGGGUGACCAGGGAGACGGCAGUCCCAGCGGCCCUCAGCAACACACGCCCAAAGACCCCAUAGUGUCCAUCGGCUUCUACUGCACUAAGGCAUCAGUCACGUUUAAGCUGACGGAGACGCAGGCGGAGAGCAGCUACUACAGCCCCCAGAAGGUGAAGUCCAGGGAGGUGCUGUGCGUGGAGCAGGAGGGCAUCACCGUGGAGGCGCUGAUGAAGGGCGAGCCCUUUUUCGACUGUCAGAUUGGCUUUGUGGGCUGUCGGGCCCUGUGCCUGAAGGGCAUCAUGGGAGUGCGGGACUUUGAGGAGAACAUGAACAGGCGUGAAGAGGAUGCUGUGUUCUUCACCUGUGGGGAGAACCUGAGCUCCAAAGGCAUGACCUACCUGACCAACUCCCUCUUUGACUACCGGAGCCCUGAGAACAAUGGCGUCCGUGCUGAGUUCAUCCUGGAUGGGAACCUGCACAAGGAGACCUACACAGAGAUAGCGGGCAUGCAGAGGUUUGGGGCUUUCUACCUGGAUUACCUCUACACAAUGGAGAAUGGCGGUGACAAAGUGUGUGUUGGGUCUCAGGACUUCUCGUCAGCGGGUAAAGAGGAACCGUCGCCGCCAGUGCAGGAGUCAUCUGUGAAGCGUCUGGUGGUCGGUCCUGUUGACGUGCGUCUCCAAAGCAGUGCCGUGCACCGCAUCCUCAAGAUGGUGGCCUGCGCCCUGGACCAUGAAUAUGAGCCCUACUGCAGACCCAAGCCAGAUGUGGUGGAGGAGAGCCGGGCACCCCCCACCCAGGAGGAGCUGGCGGCCCUGGAGGAGUUCAUCCCCACGCGCAUCACGUCCGUCACGCUGCUCAGCAUCUCCGUCACACUCUGCAUGGCCGAGUUCAACCUCCUGCACACCGUCCUGCCCCUCAUCAUGGGACACAAGACCCCCCCUCCCCAGGCCAGUGCUCCAGUGUUCCAGGCGGUGAGGCCGCUGCCGGCGGUCAGGCUGCUGGUGGAGCGGCUCAACCUGGAGCAUUCGGAGCCCAUGUACGCCCCUGAGCUGGUCAGCGCUGUCAGCAGCCUCUCCCAGCCCUCCGACAACCUCCUGCAUCACUGCUAUGCACACUGCUACCUCAAGGUGUUUGGUUUCCAGGCAGGCCUGAGCUCCAUGGACGCCGAGGGCCACUUCCUCCCUCUGAUCCCCAUCGUCCCCUCCUUCAGCAUGGCGCUGUAUGGGAAGCUGCUGCGCCUACCCGCCUACUGGACCAAGAGGUCUUCAGUGUCCAUCACCGAGUGCAUUUUCGAGCUGCCCCACUUCUCGCUGCAGGGCAGCCGGACCCAGAUGCUGCUGCUGCAGGCCAUCAGUCAGAGCUGGACUCACAGCCUGGGCAGCGGGGCCUCCCAGGGGGUCAGCGACGGCCUGCUCAACGACGUCUACAAAACACCAUCCCCAGGUGUGAAGCCGUGGAGUGGCGCGCCGGUGCUGGAGGCCUCCGUGCAGAGCGUGGAGCUGAAGCUGUGCCGCCGGGCGACGCUGCGCUGCGCCUCGGGCACCGUGGGGGCCGUCAAAGUGUGCGCCAGGACCCUAGGUUCCGCGGAGGGCCAGAAGGAACGUUUGGUUCCGCUGAUCCAAGGCCCAUCUGACACCAAGGAGCUCCACCAGAGCCGCUGGCUGAACGAGCUGCGGAAGCCAGAGUCACUGCUCGCCCCCGACCUGCUUGCCUUCUCCAUUCAGGUGCCACAGCAGGGCGACGACUGCCGCAACUCAGGUGCUGUGCUGCUGGUCAGCGUGCAGGGCGUAGCAGUGAAUGUGGACCCGGUGUUCUGCACAUGGCUUCUGUACCAGCCUCCGAGAGGGAGCGGCAGGCAGCAGCAGCAGCAGCAGCAGCAGCAACAGACGCAGGGUGUGCCUCCUGUGGUGAUGGCGGGGUCCAAGCGGCGGGAGGACGAGGUGUCGAUGGGGAGUGCACCUUACGCCAAGCCACCCUCCAACCAGGCCUCGGACUACGCCAGCAGCCCCGUCAAAACCAAGACCGUCACAGAGUCCCGGCCCCUGUCCAUCCCCAUGAAGGUGAUGCCGUCGACGGAUGCAGAGUCCUGGGCCUCUCCAGAGGAGCGGAUGAAGGAGCUCAUCGCCUGUGUGUGGGACGCCGUCAAACGCCUCACUCUCCAGCUGGAGCUGCAGUCGUGCUGUGUGUUUGUGCCCAACGACAGCCUCCCCUCCCCGAGCACCAUCGUGUGUGGGGACAUCCCGGGCACGGUGCGCAGCUGGUACCACAACCAGGCCACCAUGCCUGGGACUCUGGUGGUCUGCCUGCCCCAGAUCAGCGUGAUGAGCGCGGGACACAAGUACACGGAGCCCCUGCAGGAGAUCCCGUUCGUGGUUAUCCGGCCCAUACUGGAGGAGGGUGAUGCGUUCCCCUGGACGGUGAGCCUGAGCCAGUUCAGUGUGUACACCUUGCUGGGGCAGCAGCGGUCACUUAGUCUGCUGGAGCCCAUGGGCUGCACCUCCACGCUGGCCGUCACCUCUCACAAGCUGCCCACACAGGCCACCUUCCCCCCCGCCGCCCCCGAGGGGCCCCACCCCCACGCCUUCAUCGUGUGUCUGCACGUGGACCUGCAGCCGCUGCACCUCAAGUGCUCCAACCCACAGGUGCAGCUGCUGUAUGAGCUGUUCCAGAGCUGGAGCUCCACCUGGUCUCGGCUGCAGAGGAGGGGCAUCCUGCGCCAGGUGCCCGCUUUCCCCGAUGCCCCUGCCAGCGCCGCCACGCCCGGCGGACCACAAUCGCCCGUACCCAGCAGCGCCGGCACCGCUCCACCAGACACCAGCACCUGCAGCCCAUCCGCCGACCUCUGCUCCCCCACCGAGGGGGACUCAGUGCAGGCGGCGGAUGAUUCUCCAUUCUGUGAGACGGUCACUCUGGAGCAGAGGACCAGCAGCAUCUGCGGCUCCAGUGGGAAGGUCAGCCUGUGGAUGCAGUGGAUGCUGCCCAAGGUCACCGCCAAGCUCUUCGCCCCAGACGCCCUUAACAAGAAAUCAGAGAUCUGUGUGAUCAGUGAGAUGGAGGACCUGAGCGCCUCGGUGGACGUACAGGACGUCUACACCAAAAUCAAGUGCAAAGUGGGCAGCUUCAACAUUGACCAUUACAAAACCAGCCCAGAGGAGAGGUCCAGUGGCGGGGGCCUCUGCGGUGGGGUGGUCCUCUCUUGCACUGACAAGCUGAACAGACGCACUGUGCUGGUCCGCCCCGUCAGCAAGCAGGACCCUUUCAACCACUUCUCUGGGUUUUUUCCUCCUACGGCCGCCAAGGCCCUGGAGGUGUCCCACCAGCAGCAUGGCUUCCUGUCCGUCACCUACACACAGGCCGUGACGCGCAACGUGCGCCACAAGCUGACUGCGCGGCAGGAGCGAGGUGCCCCUCGGGCCGGCCUGGUGAUGGGCGGCCUCGGCGUGGGAGGCGUCCUGGGCGAGGGUCAGAUGUCCGGCGUGCCGCCGGUGCCGGGCACGAUGCCGAUGGUGGACGGCUCGCCACAGCACCUGCACGAGAUCCUGCUGACGGCGCAGCCCUUCGACCUGGUGCUCUCCUGCCCCCUGCUGGCCGCCGUCGCCGGGGUCUUCCGCGUGGCGCCGGAGCCAUCGUCGCGGCGACGAGCACUGAGGGAGCGAGGGAGGCAGGCCGGGCAGCCCAUGCGUAGCCACACCCUCACCUCCAGCAGCCUGCCUCUCAUCUACGUCAACACCAGCAUCAUCCGCAUCUUCUGCCCCACAGACACAGACUCGCCUCAGAAGAAGGAGGACACUCUGGUGCUGAAGAUGGGCUCUGUGAGCAUGGCACCUCAGGCAGAUAACCCCCUCACACGCACCGUGCUGCGCAAGGACAUCUACCAGAGAGCUAUGAACCUGGGCAUCCUGCGAGACCCGGGCUCUGAGGUGGAGGACCGGCAGUACCAGCUGGACCUGCAGUCCAUCAACAUCGGCACGGCCCGCUGGGAGCAGCUCCGGCCCGAGAAGGACGCGGGGAAAGGAGGCUCGCCCGCCGAGGGGGAGAGGAACUCCCAGAAUCCCGCGCUGGAGUGGAACAUGGCCAGCAGCAUCAGGCGGCACCAGGAGCGCAGGGCCAUCCUGACCCCCAUCCUCACCGAUUUCUCCGUGCGUGUCACCGCAGCUCCCGCCAUCAUCUUCAGCAAGCCCAUGUCCCCCGACAACACACAGGUGGAGGAGAUUGUGGUGUGUGGCCAUUCCCUGGAAGUGAACGUCACCUCAGGCCUGGACUUCUUCCUGAGCGUGGCCCAGGUUCAGCUCCUGCAGCAGCUGCUGCGCGCCAACAUGCUGGGGGCCGAGGGUCCGGAGAAGAGCACAGAGGUGCGUGGUCAGGAGCAGCACAACACAAUGUCUUUCACUCCCGGCCCGGCAGAGAGUGUGUCUCGGUCCAGUGCUGGAGGCGGCGGAGGUGGAGGCGGCGGUGCCCAGGACAGCGGCUUUGGCAGCGACAGCGCCCGCCUGCGCAUCGUCCAGAUCGAGCAGCAGAGCGGCGCCAGCCACCACCGCCUGGCCCGGCCCUCGCACCAGCCCACCAUCACCAAGAACCUCAACUUCAUCCCCUUCGACGUCUUCCUGACCGGCGGCCGCGUGGUGCUCAUGACCUACGCCUCGGCCCGCGUGCCCAAGCCCGCGUCCACUGCCGCCUCCGACAGCACCAGCCCCACCGCCAACGCCAACCGCCCUGGCAAGAGUGCCCUGAACAUGCCCGAGGGCGACCACCCUCCUGACCCCUCCUCCCCCCCUCUGCCCCCUGCGGCCGCCGCCGCUGCUGCCAUGACCUCUGACCUCUCCGCACUGACUGCGGACGACCUCCUGAACAGCAACGUCCCCCAGGCGUCGGUGACGGGACGCUCCUCGUCGGCGGGCGGGCUGCUGUCCCUGGAGAGCCUGGGGACGCCCAGUCGCUCGUCGGCGCGGCAGGCCCUGGGGGUGACGGUGGUGCGGCAGCCCGGGCGGAGGGGUGCUGGCGACGGCCUGCUGGAGCCGCUGCUCUACCUGCAGGUGUUCCAGCCCUCCGCCCUGCUCUCCUGCCACCACCGCAAGCAGAAGCUGGAGCUCUCCGUCUUCGACGUCACCCUCAAGGGCGUGGCGCCCAGCUACAAGUGCACAGACCAAGGGAAGAGUCUUCCGGAGGCCCUGGACUACAGUGUGUUCUGGCUGCAGACGGUAGCAGGGGAAGCAGACAGCCGCACAGGGAUCCCCCCUCCUCUGCUCACCCUACAGAUCAAAGACUUUCUCAAUGGCCCAGCGGAGCUGAACGUGGAGCUCUCGCGUCCCCUGAAGCUUAACCCGACGCUCGCUAAGCUGGAGCAAGCCAAGGCGUUCCUGCGGAAGGUUUUCCCCGAGGCCGCGGACUGCCUGGAUCCCGGACGAGCCCCCAGCGCUCAGUCCUCGCCAAGCAAAUCGGCCUCUCCCCGCGCCUCUGCCCCUCCGUCCCCGUCCAGGUCCUGGGGUCACGCGGGCCCCCUCCGGGCACUCCAGCCCUUCCACAAGGUCUCGCUGCGCACCGUCCAAAUGGUGGUUGCCAUGGAGACAGACGCUCACCCGUCACGGCCCAGCCUGACGGUGUCCGUAUCCGGGAUGAAGGGCAGCCUUGCCAUGAGGCAUGGGCCGAAGCUCACAGACCCUCUCCAGCUGGCGUCUCUGCUGAUAGAGGUGGACGACCUGCUGGUGAAGACGGGUCUGCGGGAUGGGAACCGGCUGCUCCUGGGCCCGCUCACCUGCAGUGCCAAGCUGGAGGCCCGCUGGUGCCGUCACAGCGGCAGCCCCGGACCAGGACCCGGACCAGAGCUGGCCCAGCCCAAACUACUGCUGGACCUUAAGGGAGGCCUCCUGCAGGUCUUCUGGGGUCAGGAGCACAUGAACUGCCUGCUGCUGAUCCAGGAGUAUCUGCAGGGCUACCUGCAGAAGAGCGGCUAUACCGACCCGGGGCCCGAAGAGCCACCCCCCACCUCCCGGCCCCAGUCGCCCCCGGGCCCCCACCCCUCCAAGACGGAGCACAGCUCAGAUGACCUCCGCACCGGCCUCUUCCAGUACAUCCAGGACCCAGCGUCCCAGAAGCUGCCCAGUGCCCACGAGGUGGUCUUCUACAACGAGACGGACGACAGCCCUGGGGUCAUGAUGUGGAGGUACCCCGAGCCCCGAGUCCUCACUUUUGUGCGGAUCACGCCGGUGCCCUUCAACACCACGGAGGACCCCGACAUCAGCACCGCAGACCUGGGCGAUGUGUUGCAGGUUCCCUGUAGUCUGGAGUACUGGGAUGAGAUCCAGCGUGUGUUUGUGCCCUACCGGGACUUCAGUCUGUCCGAGAGCAGUGCGUGUGAGCUGCAGCUGCCCAGCCUGAGUCUGGGCCUGGGCCUGGGCCUGGCCAAUCAGCAGAGAGAGCUGGUGGCCUCCGACCUCUGGAGGGUCGUCGUCAACAGCACUACUGACACAGGAGACGAGCAGAGCUCAGACAGCGAGUCGGGCUCACAGCUCCAGUGUGACCAGCUGGUGUCGCCCACCGCCCUGGCCGCAUGCACCCGCGUGGACUCCUGCUUUGCCCCCUGGUUCGUGCCCUCCGUGGGCAUCUCCCUGCAGCUGGCACAGAUCCAACUCCGACUGUGCCACCACCUGGAGCAGCUGGGCACAGCCCCAUGCCAGCGGCUCCGCCCCUUCCUGUCUGACAGGAAGUUACCUCAGGAGCAGGAGUACAUGCUGAUUGGUGUGAACGAGCCGCGUGUUUACCUGCGGCAGUGGAGCGGGCGGCGGCCCUCGCAGCUCUACCAGGAGCUCAGCCUGUCCAGCCAUCUGGAGUGCCAGCUGCUGGAGUACCGCAACCUGACGCUGCGGCCCUUGGUGCGGCCCUUCAGCCUGCGCGGCCAGGCCGCCGUCACCCAGGGGCCGCAGCACCGGACGCUGGACGGGAGCGUGUUCGUGGAGCCCGUCUUCGCCACCGUCAGCCAGCACAUGGUGCACACACUGGACACGGCCGUCAAAGGCUGGCAGCAGAACCUGAACCCGGAGGCUGAGGAGCUGGUGUUCAGCCACUACGUGAUCUGCAACGACACCCAGGAGAUGCUGCGCUUCGGCCAGGUGGACACGGACGAGAACGUGCUGCUGGCCUGCCUCAACAGCCACCAGUACAGCUGGCGCUCCCACAAGUCCCCCCAGCUGCUGCACAUCUGUAUCGAGGGCUGGGGGAACUGGCGCUGGUCGGAGCCCUUCAGUAUCGAUAACGUGGGGACGUUGCUGAGGACCAUCGAGUACAAGGGCCAGACCGCCUCCCUCAUCAUUAAGGUGCAGCAGCUCAGUGGCGUCCAAAAGCAGGUGGUGAUCUGCGGGCGGCAGGUGAUGUGCAGUUACCUGGGCCAGGCGCUGGAGCUGCGGCUGGUGCAGCACUACGUGGGCGCUGACGGCCAGACGGGGUGGUCUGAAAGCACGGGCUGCCUGGGCGCCGCGUGCAAGCUUCCCUCCCCACUGGAGGACAGCGAGCUGACCGAGCUGUGUGUGCGAGCGCGAGGCGACGAGGACUGGUCGCAGGACGUCCGACUGGACCGUCGGGAGAGCUCAGUUGUGCAGGUGCCUUGUUCCAAUGGCUCCCUGCUGAACGUGUGGUGUACCCUGAUCACACUGGAAGCAGACACCCACAUGCAGCAGAGAGUGGUGGUGUUCAGUCCUCUGUUCAUUAUGCGGAGCCACCUGCCGGACCCGGUCAUCAUCCACGUGGAGAAGCGCAGUCUGGGCCUGAAGGAGAGCCAGCUCAUCCCUGGGCAGGGACACGAGGAGGCCCUGCUCAACGUGGAGGCCGACCUCACACACCACCUCACCUUCCAGGCCAGGGAAGACGAGGACGCCUCUCAGUGUGCGGUGCCCAUCUCGUCCAGCCUGAUAAAGCAGAUUGUGAGUAAGGCUGCACCGGAGGAGGUCAGCCUGCAGCAGCAACCCAUCCUGCUGGACUUCUACGGGGUGAAGACCUCCGGUCGGCCAGCCUGGCCCUACACCAGCAAGGACACGGACAGGUCAGGGCUGGAGACGGUGGCGCAGUGGGACAGCCCCAUGCAGGUGAAGCUGUCGGCGUGGCGUCCAGGCCUGAGCACCCUGCUGGUGGAGCUGGUGCCCUGGGCACUGCUAGCCAACCACUCCCACUGGGACCUGUGGCUCUUCGAGGGCGAGCGCAUCGUCCUGCAGAUCCCUGCCGGCAAGGUCAUAGUGCCCCCCAACUUCAAGGAGGCCUUCCAGAUUGGCAUCUACUGGGCAAACACCAACACGGUGCACAAGUCGCCGGCGCUGAAGCUGGUGCACGACCUGACGUCGCCACGCUGGAAGGAGGGCUCCAGCCCUGAGGUCAUCACACUGGACGAGGACGGCUUUGUGGAGGCCGACAUCACGCUGGGGUCCUUUCCCGGAAGACAGAAGGUGUGUCAGUUCUGUGUGUCGUCAGUGGUGAGGCACGGUAUGCAGAUCUUGCAGAUUGAGGACCGCACCAUCCUGGUGAAUAACACCUCACAGCCCCUCAGCUACAAAGCCCUGCUGUCCGAACAAAGCCUGGCCAGCAACAAUGAGCGGGUCGGGUCUCCGGAUGCAGCGGUCUUCAUUCUGGCUCCGGCGAGGUCCAGUGGUCAUCCGCGGCGCUGCGCCGUGCCGUGCUGGGACCUGCUGCGCGAGGGGCCCCAGGCGGAGGUGGAGUCCCCGCUGCCCACCAAGCACAUGCUCCUCAGCUCGGCCGGGCCUGACGGCGCAGCUGCGUCCUGGAGCCUGCCUGUGCCCGUGCGGCCAGACUUCCCCAGGCAGAGCGUGGCCGUGCCAGACCAGCCCAGGGAGGGACUCAACAGCAGGGCCUUGGUGGUGACAUACCAGGAGCACAUGGGCAUCACGUUCAUCACAGUGAGCGAAGACCCCUGCCCACGCAUGCUGCUGCACAACAGAUGCCCCAUCGCCAUGGUACUCAAAGAGAACCUCAGAGAGACCCCCCGGACUGAGGUGUUCUGCCGGCCACUGCCGCCGCUCAGCUCCCUGCACCACGAGCUCUACCAGCAGGCCUCCAGCUUCCCCGACUGCCGGCCACGCGAGAGCCUGCCCACGCUCCUCCUGAGGGCCGCGCCGGACCCCGGGGCCUCCCCGCUGCCUCCGCCUGACUGGACCGAGCCCAUCGACAUCAACAGCCCCGGGACACAGGUGGUGUUCCUGCCCAGCUUUGGCUGCCUGUAUGUGGAUGUUCUUCAGCAUGGAGCCACGGUCAUCCUCACACUGGCCCCUGAGAGCUGUGCUGGGACCAUCAUCAGUCAACACCACAGGCUGUCCAAACAGACUCUGUCGUUCCGCGUGCUGCUGAGUGAGGCCAGCCUGGCGCUCUGUGAUGACAUCACCACCCCGUCCGGAUCGGUGGAGCUGCUCCGGCUCACGCUGUCCAAGCUGCUGCUGCACCUCUCGCCCGCCGACCCCUCCGAGCGUUCGGACCUCUCCGCCAAUCCCCACGGCCCCGCGUCCACGUCCUCGCCCUCCGCCUGGGACGUCCAGCCGGACCCCGGCUCCCCCGUGCCCGGCGCGGGCGGCAGCGUGCUGGAGCUCUACUGCGCCGGCCUGCAGCUGGACAACCAGCUGUACACGCGCGCCAGCUUCCACUUCCCCGUGCUGCUGUGCCAAGACUCCCGCACCGCCGAGCCUUCAUCCUCCUCGGCAUCAUCUUCCUCCUCCUCCUCCUCCUCCUCUGGCGCCCCCUGGAGUCCGGAGGCCCACCCGCUGCUCUCGCCCCAGGCCCUGCAAGCGUACCGCGCCACCUGCUUCCUCCGCCUGGCCGUGGCCCUGGAGGACCGCCUUCGUCUCGCCUACUACGUCAAGACGCUCUUCCACUCCUACCUGCCCGAGUCGGCCUUCGGCAGCGCAAGCGGUGGACUCUCGACGACGACGACGCCACCGAGCACGUCUAAGUCCUCCGUCGUGGCAGGCCUGCCUGAGGAGGUGGUCCAGGCCACGCAGGCACUGGUGUGGCCGCUGAGGCUGCGGAGGCUGACCAUCCAGCCGGUCAGUCUGCUGGUCAGCAUCCACGCCUCGCUUAAGCUGUACAUCGCCUCGGACCACACGCCGCUGGCCUUCUCGCUGUUCGAGCGUGGCCCGGUGUGCACCACCGCACGGCAGCUCGUCCACGCGCUCGCCAUGCACUACGCGGCAGGGGCGCUUUUCAGAGCAGGCUGGGUGGUGGGCUCUCUGGAGAUCUUGGGCAGCCCUGCCAGUCUGGUGCGCAGCAUAGGGAACGGCAUCGCCGACUUCUUCCGGCUGCCCUACGAGGGUCUGACCAGGGGCCCCGGCGCCUUCGUCAGCGGCGUGUCUCGAGGGACCACCUCGUUCGUCAAACACAUCUCCAAAGGCACCCUGACGUCCAUCACUAACCUGGCCACCAGUCUGGCGCGGAACAUGGACCGGCUGUCUCUGGACGAGGAGCACUACACACGGCAGGAGGAGUGGAGGAGGCAGCUGCCCGAGAGCCUGGGGGAUGGACUCAGACAGGGCCUCUCACGCCUGGGCAUCAGCCUCCUGGGUGCCAUCGCGGGCAUUGUGGACCAGCCCAUGCAGAACUUCCAGAGGACGUGGGAGAUGCAGAGCUCGGCGGGCAGCAAGGCCAAAGGGGUCAUCUCCGGCGUGGGCAAGGGCAUCGUGGGAGUGUUCACCAAGCCCAUCGGAGGAGCAGCCGAGCUGGUGUCACAGACUGGAUACGGUAUCCUCCACGGCGCUGGACUGUGGGAGCUGCCCAAACAGUUGUACCUGCCAGCAGAGGAGCAGGCGGCUCAGGCAUCCAACAGCCACCUCAAAUAUGUCUGGAAGCUGCUGCAGUCUCUGGGCCGCCCGGAGGUGCACAUGGCUCUUCAGGUGGGCCUGGUGAGCAGCUCAGGGCAGGAGCAUGCCGGCUGCCUGCUGCUGACCGCUGACGUCCUGUUCGUGGUCAGCCUGUGCGAGGACACCCAGCAGCAGGCCUUCCCCAUCACAGAGGUCACCUGCCAGCAGGAGCCCAGCCAGCCCGGGGAGCUCACACUCACGCUGCAGCAGACCAGGGUCAGCAGCGACAACGAGACUGAUGGGGGUCGUGAGCGGCUGUCGGAGCAGCAGUACCGGCGGCUGGUGGAGUAUGUGACGCGCGUGUCCCAGCACCUCUCGCCCUCGCCGGCCACCCUGCAGCAGCAGCAGCCGCCCGUCACCGCCGCCGAGCCGCCGCCCACCCUCACCAAGAGCUACCGCUACCUGGUGGAGCCCGCGCACGCACGCGUCUUCGUCUACAAGUUCACAAUGGUCAAGAACAAAGCCCUGCGCGUGGGCUUUCACUGACUGACAGACGGACACACAGACACACAGACACACACUCUCACACACACACACACACACACACACUCACUCACUCACUCACUCACACACAACUGACAGCCACCACUGAUGGCCUUAUUUACACGACCAAUAGGUUCGGUGUGAGAGAGUGACUCUGGUAUAUGCACUGGUGUCCGGCCCAGUCCAGACUGACCAGCCAGGUCAAAUGGACUUCAGUGCCACUGAGUGCCAGUCUCAGAAUGUGUUCAAGGUGGCACUCAGUGUGUUUCCAGUGACAGUAUGAGGAGUGUGGAUGGAAGAGAGUAUGAGGAGUGUGGAUGGAAGAGAGUAUGAGGAGUGUGAUUGGUAUUGAGAGUAUGAGGAGUGUGAUUGGUAGUGAGUAUGAGGAGUGUGAUUGGUAGUGAGUAUGAGGAGUGUGGAUGGAAGUGCUCUUGUUGGAGCACUAGUGGAGUGUUUCAUGGGUGAAGUUGCUCUGGUGGAGGGUGACUGUGGGGCAGGUGCGUUGGGGGUUUCUGGGCUGCGGAGGUUCAGGUUAAGGGAAGAGCAGGUGAAGUGUAGUGUGAAAGGUCAGGAGAGCAGAGGGCAUGUGUGAGUGAGCAGGGAGAAGUACGCUUUGGACAGAUAUCAUGGACUGACCACACUGCUGCAUUAGGGGGGAAAGGGAAAAUGCAAAAAGAAUUGAAUUUAAUUUAGAAACAAAAAACACACACGCACACACAUAGACAUAUUGACACACAAACACACACACACACAUUCACAGAGAGGCCUUUCAGUUCCAAGUAUUUAUUACAGCAUCUGAGCUGCACGUGAUGGUGUGUGACGCUAACAGUUGUAAAGCUGUGUGGCUUGUCUCUGGCUCCACCCCCUGCAGCGCUACAGGAGCACGUGCAGCCAAGCACCUCAUCACCUGCAUUAUUUAUUCUGAACAAGAUUCGGAAGUCUAAGAAGACUAAGUCUAAGAAUGUAAGAAGACAAGAAACUAAGAAGCUGGUUGGAUAGACUGCUCUAAUGUACAGGUCACGUCCCACUCAGUUUGGUGUUAUUGUGCCCUGCAAACACUUAACAGCAGGGGAGCACGGGAGGAGGAGAGCCAAUUAGCCACUGCUGUUUACGGAGUAACCCUUCAGACCAAAGAUACUAGAGUGCUAUGCUCUAAAAUCUUUGCUUCAGACAUGCAUUGGUGUCAGCCUGAAGACUCCUCUCCCUUCCUCUCCCCUGUGCGUCUCCUGUGUCGGCGGUUAUUAUUAUGCAUAUGAUAUAUGAAAUAUGAUGGUGAGCUGCUUGCUGGUUGUCCCAUGCGUUUACACAUUACCCGUGGUUCAGAGUGGGAUGUGGAAGCCAUGCCGAUAUUCGUGCAAUAAGUGCGUGUGGUUGAGGCUCGUUCAUCUGUGUGUCCUGGCCACCAACCAAAAGAUAAGUGAAUGGGUUCUUGGGUUUUGUAUAUUUUUUUUAUAGAUGACAUUACUUAACGGAUGUUUGAUUUUUUUAUUUGUUGUUUGUUGACAUUUUUUUUUACUCAUUCAUCUCUGCCAACAUCUACCUAUUGCUAGAAAUGUUUUAUUAUUAAAAAGCCUUUUUACUAGACCCUGUUUGAAAGAACAAGAACAACUACAUGGAGAAGUAAUCCUUUUGUAAGCCAUCUGAAGCGUUUAUGUUAGUGACAAUGAUGUAUCAAUAACUAAAUAUAACAUUCUAAUAAAAUAUUUAAUUAA